AAUCAGGCUGCCAGUACCAGUCAGGUUUGUUCUGCUUGUAUGUUAUCGCUCAAGCUCAACCAGUUUUCAUACUUGACUUAUCAUUGCAGUAAUAUGUUUAGCCAAAUAAAAUAUCAUUAUUAGUGAUUUCGUGCAGUUUUUGAAAGGAUGUAACCUGUUUAAUUUAAUAUAGAAGUGCAACUCUCAACGUACAGGUUACAUCUCAAUUAGUCAGUCAGUCUAAGGGACUGGGAGGAAUCGGGUUUGUGGGUGGAAAAGAGUAUAACAAAUCAAGAAAGUGGAGUGGAUAACACGGCCAACAUUCACACAAGAAAAAUAGGUCUACCAACUCAAUUUGAAGGAACAAGAUUUGAGACCAAAAUUGGCAAAACGUGAUGUACAUAAGGAGGACGUGACAGUCGGAAGGAGGACAAUCUCGAGAGCAUGUUCAAGACUUUUAUCAGGUGAACUCUCCUACAAGAAGUGAGUGCCAUGCCUGUGGAUCUAGGAGGCGGUGCUGCGGCGGCUGACAACAAUGCGGCCAACAACAACCGAACACGUAAUAAUAACAACAACCCUAACGCAAACCCACUGAUCAAUGUUCGGGAUAGGCUGUUUCAUGCACUUUUCUUCAAAGCUGCUCUCGCAUACGCUAGGACAUUUCCGAGACCCGUUCGGAGAUGGAUAGAAUUCACUAUUCUCCUGAAGGCGAUGACUGCGUUCUUCGUGCUUGUAUAUAUCCACAUAGCCUUCUCCCGGACCCCCACCACCUGCCUGGAGCACGUGAGGAACUCUUGGCCUCGUGAUGGUAUCCUGAGGGUGGAGAUUGUCCGGGGGGAGUCCCAGACGCAGGAUUAUACUGUGGAAGACAAGACUGACUUUACAUCCAUCUUUACUGGUGGCAGGCUGGGGAGAGAUGGGUUUGUUCACUUGCAACCGUCUGCAGUGGAGGAGAUCCCAGUGGAUAAAUUGUCUCCGGAUGUUCCUCUGGAAAACGUCACUUCUGUCCCACCCGAUGAGGACGACUUGCUGCAAACAGACCCAUCACUGGUCAACAGCUCCGUGACGAUGGACGCUGAUGACGUAAAAGAGCAGGCGUCUACAUCAGCUGUGUGGGGGAGUCCAAAGGAACAGCCAGAAGAAAUGUCUGUGUUGUCCGAUGUUGGAAGGAAUGAAGAUCUUUCACUUGAGUUUGUGCCCGUGAGUGGGAAUGAGACGCUCGGUUACUCGACUGCCUCCCAUAAGGUGAUCUCUCCACUCAAGGAAUCAGUGUCCGAGGUGGAAAAGCUGGUCAGAGCAGUGUGGCCAGACGAGGAGUACAUCGUGGAGUACAGUCUGGAGUACGGGUUCCUACGGCUGUCGCCUGCGACGAGGCGGCGGCUAGACAUCCCCGUCAUGACCGUGACGCUGGACCCGAGCCGUGACUCGUGCUUCGGCGACGCCUUCUCUCGCUUUGUACUGGACGAGUUCUUGGGUUACGACGACCUCCUCAUGUCUUCCAUCAAAACACUGGCUGAGUCGGAAGACAACAAGGGGUACCUCAGGAAUGUGGUGACGGGGGAACACUAUAGAUUUGUCAGCAUGUGGAUGGCGCGGACCUCAUACAUCGCAGCCUUCUUCAUCAUGUUGGUGUUUACAGUGUCAAUAUCAAUGCUGCUGCGUUAUUCUCAUCAUCAGAUAUUUGUCUUCAUUGUCGAUCUGCUCCAGAUGCUGGAGUUCAAUGUGACAAUAACGUUCCCAGCGGCACCUCUGCUCACUGUCAUUCUGGCGCUUGUUGGUAUGGAAGCGAUCAUGUCGGAGUUCUUCAAUGACACUACCACUGCCUUCUAUAUAAUCUUGAUAGUGUGGAUUGCUGACCAGUAUGAUGCCAUUUGCUGUCACACUCCCAUCACCAAGCGAUAUUGGUUAAGGUUCUUCUACUUGUACCACUUCUCUUUCUACGCGUACCACUACCGGUUCAACGGGCAGUAUAGUGGUCUGGCCCUGGUAGUCUCGUGGCUGUUCAUUCAGCACUCAAUGUUGUACUUCUUCCACCACUACGAGUUGCCGCUGAUUCUACACCAAGCGCAACUGCAGCACCUGCUGCUGAGAUCGCAGACUGUACCCCCUGCUAGCCCCCCAGACGAACCCCCCGUCGCCGCUCCAGCACCACCACCUCCACCUCCACCACCACCACCACCACCACCCCCUACCGUCCAGGAGACCGUCUCGUCCCCGGAACCUCCCCAGGACAGGCUUCCACCGCUCACCAGGCCUCCGUCGGAUGCUCCUCCGGACCCUCCCGAUCUGGAAACACUCCAGACCAGUAGUAGUUAGAUUUCAUAUCUGUUUUUAAAUAAAACCAUUUAAAGAUUUACCAGACUGUUUUGAGUGCGUAAUCAAUUCUUCUUGUAUACAGUUUCAAAAUAUUGACCCUUGGAAAAUUUUGUCAGAUAUCAUAUUUUAAUAAUAACUGUACAGAUCAUGUUUUUGUUUGUCAAAGCACCAAUCAUUUUCAUAAUUAAUUACAUUUUACCAGAUCAAUUUUUAGUUACGAAGAACUAAAUAAAUGUAUGACGAUGUAAAAUUGAGUGUAAAAUGUAUCUUAAAAUUAAUUAAGAAAAACCACUGUAAAUAACCUACGACAAUGUAUCUCACUUGAAGAAAUAUUUAAGCAAAUAUUAGAGUUGUAUUGAAAACUUAUCGGUCGUUUUAACAAUUAGAAUUUCCUGUGAAUGACAGUGACUAGGGCUUUAACCAUGAACAUAAUGUAGUUAAUAUUUAACUAGUUUUAAAUGUAAGCUUUAUUAUUUAUACAAAUUGUUACUGUGUCGUUCUUCAGGGAUGUGAUGAUAUUUGACACAGAUAUGAUGUACUCUAAUUUAAACUGAUUGUUUUUUUAUAUUUUAAUCUUGUAUGCAGUAAUUACUCCGAUGGGGGAGGAAACAGUCUGUGCUGUAUCACAGGCUUUGCGGUAAUCAGAUGAUUUUUGUGAUAUUAAAGGAAAUGUGAUGUAGAAUUUCAGUUCAUCCAAUUCAUCUUAAGCGUGUGGAAGUGUAUAUUUAUUAGUCCUUAUUUGAAUUAAAACAGACAUUAACUGUAUGAUGGUUUUAAAAUUUAUUUAUCUUCACUUGAUAAUCAGAAACAAUAAACAUUUUAUUAGUUAUAUCUUGUUCAGUUAUAGUUGACACUUGAGAAAAUUUUAAUUCGCCAAACAAUGGAGUCAGUUAAAAAACUAGAAAUUAAAAUUUUUUCAAGUGCCACAACAUAAAAUGGGCCAAUUAAGUUAUAAGGGUUCCUGUUUUCUGAUUUUUAGAAAUCUUUUGUUACUUAAAAAUACUAUCACUGUGAAAAUUUUAAAAUAAUUUAUCUUUUAGUUUUACGUUUCUAUUUUCGUACACAAAGUAAACCAGAUGAGUGUAAAAAAAUCACCAUUGUGUUUUACACAGUUCAUGUCUUUGUAUAUUUUUAUCACAUGUGUAUAUUUUUGUACAAAAAUACGUAUUGGAAACCUCCACUUUAUUUUUUUGUUAGUGUUUCCCCAGUUCCUCUUUGUACUUUAUAACAAAUUGAAUUAAAUUGAAAAGCAA